AGUUUAAAAUCCAAAUGAAGUAAUGAAGUGAUUAGGGGCAAACAUGCUCUCCUCCAUCACACUGCGGUGUACUAUAUGCUCUCGGCCCCUCACUCCUCGCACUAUCAUCACUCAAACCAAACACUUUUCUUCCUCAAUUUCGUCUAUUCAUUAUCCACAAAUACCAAACCAGUGGUCAGGUCUGCAGAAUUGGAGACAGGGGACUCUGAACCACGACCGUUUUUGGGGGCCCAAUGGUCCGGAUGUCGAGCCGCCGUUACCGGGACGCUCUGAGGAGUUGGGGUCAGGAUCUUCUCUGGCUGAAAUUGGUGCGGCGGUUCUCUCCACUGCCGACCCUCUGAAGAAAUCAAUGCUUUCCCACUUGGGUUAUUGUAGGUGGCGUCAAAAGGGAUUGCCCAUUGGAGUCUUUCAACCGCCGGCUAAGCCUGCCAGGCCUCCUAUACCCAAACUGGUUUCGCCAAAGGAAAUCCCAUCUCACAAACACUUGGGGUUACCUCUUAAUGCCUAUAUGCUUCAUAAUCUUGCUCAUGUGGAGUUAAAUGCUAUUGAUUUGGCAUGGGACACUGUUGUUCGUUUUUCACCAUAUUGUGAGCUCCUUGGUGAGGGAUUCUUUGCUGAUUUUGCUCAUGUGGCUGAUGACGAGAGUCGCCAUUUUGCUUGGUGUUCACAGAGAUUGGCCGAGCUAGGAUUCAGCUAUGGUGACAUGCCUGCUCACAAUCUGCUAUGGAGGGAAUGUGAUAAGACAUCCGAUGAUGUUGCUGCCCGCCUGGCAGCAAUCCCCCUAGUCCAGGAGGCUAGAGGCCUUGAUGCUGGUCCUCGACUAGUGCAAAGACUAAUCGGCUUUGGAGAUCAUAGGACUGCCGACAUUGUGGCCAGAAUUGCAGAUGAAGAAGUAGCGCACGUAGCAGUUGGUGUCUCCUGGUUUUUACAUGUUUGUCAGAAAAUGGACCGCCCCCCUUCCUCUGCUUUUAAAGACUUGUUGAAGGAGUAUGAUGUGGAGCUGAAAGGACCGUUCAACUAUACCGCUAGAGAUGAAGCCGGGAUCCCAAGGGAAUGGUACGAUCCUCUACCAUCGAAGAUAGAAGAUGACAAAAACCAGCUUUCUGAGGUCUAUGACAGACUGGCCUGCAUAAUUUCUAUGGAGAAGGAGAACUCUAGCAUGCAAAGCUUAAUUGGUCACAGAGGAUUGAAUCUCACCAGCCACAGCGUGGGGAUGAGGAGCUCCUUGUGCACACUGAUAAAAGAAGCAAGCAAGCAAAGGUGCAGAGGAAAGAUGGGAGAAGUUGAAGUGAUAUCAAAAUGCUUAGUUGGAGCAGCAGCCAUGGCGGAAAGAAUUCCCCAGAUUGAUUUGACACCGUGGGAUCUCAAAUCCCUUCUGCUUGAUUACAUCCAGAAAGGCCUUCUCUUCUGCAAGCCUGCACCUGAACUGAAACAAUUCUCUCUCACCUCCACUUUGACUGAUCAUCUGAAAGCCUCACUCUCUUCCACUCUAUCCUUCUUCCCUCCCCUGGUCGGCCGUCUUGCCGUCGCGAACAACGGUGACGGCACCACCUCUGUUUCCAUUACCUGCAACAAUGGAGGUGCAGAGUUCGUCGUGGCCAGGGCCGCCGGCGUGACUAUGGCUCAGAUUCUCGAGCCCGUCAUUGUGCCCCGCUUGGUUCGUUCUUUCUUCCCGUUUAACCGCGUCUGUAACUUUCAGGGAAUCUCCGCGCCAUUACUGGGAGUUCAGGUGACGGAGCUCGAAGAUGGGUACUUCAUCGGCCUCUCCAUGAAUCACACUGCAGCAGACGCUUCGUCUUUCUGGCAUUUCUUCAAUUCUUGGUCUGAAAUCUCGCGGGGUAUGCCUCAGUUAUCUUUGUCUCCCGUUCUUGAUCCAUGGUUUCCAGGCAAUAUCGCCCGCCCCAUUCGCCUCCCUUUUGAUCUCCAGGGAGAAAUGUUGUCCAGCUCCUUCGCCCCGCCGCCAUUGGAGGAGAGGGUGUUCCAUUUCAGCAAAGACACCAUUGCAAAGCUCAAGGAAAAAGCCAAUUCUGAAAUGGGAACAGACACCAUCUCCUCCCUGCAAUCAUAUGUGGCUCACUUGUGGAGGGCCAUCACUCGUGCCCGUCGCCUAAACGCCACUGAAAACGUGUCCAUCUACGUGCCAAUAGGCACGAGAUGGAGGAUGAAUCCGCCAUUGCCCGAAGGGUAUUGGGGGAACGCGAUUCACAGCAAGCACGCAAAGGCAAAUGCCGGGGAGCUGCUGCAGAGAGGAUUAGGGUGGGCAGCCUGGCAAAUACAUGAGGUGGUGUCUAAUCAGGAUCAUGUAGAGGUGGUGGAGUAUUACCAGAAUUGGGUGAAAUCUCCUGUGAUUGCCCAGAAGAGCAAAGUGUUCUUUGCCAACUUUCUGGGCAUUGCUAGCUCCCCAAGAAACAAUGUGUAUGCCACUGAUUUUGGGUGGGGGAAGCCUGUAGCUGUGAGGUGUGGAAUGGACAAUAAAGCUGAUGGGAAAUUCAGCCUGUUUCCUGGACUGGAAAAAGGGAGUGUGGACAUUGAGGUUUGCCUUCUUCCUCAAACACUACAUGCUUUAGGAAAUGAUCAAGAAUUCAUGGAGUUUCUUACCCAUCCAGCAAAAUAAAUCAUAUUACCCUACUCGUGACUGGCAGCGAAGCAAAACUAUUAAUUCAGUUUCCGACGAAAUAAAACCAUUAAUUCUCCUUAAAUUGAUCAACCAGUUGAAUUAAAUUUCGAAAUUAAAGUUUAAUACAUAUGUACCAAAUAUGUGUUUGGUUCAUAGAUGUAGAACUAUGUACUAUGGGUGCUUUUGGUUCAUAGUGUAGAACUCAAAAUGACAAUAUUUAUUCUUAUUGUUUGCUUAUUUUUAGCUGGAAUAGAAAUAUACUAGUCUAGAUUGCUCAUA